GACGUCGCGCCCGGAUGACCAAUAGGAAGGCGCUGCCCUUUGGAGACAAACCAUUUUACUUGUAGCGUCUGCACCAAGUCUGCAAGCAAGGGCGCAAUUUUAACAGUAAAAAUCUUCCACCUCUUCUAGCGUACUUUGAGUGAGAAUGAUCACGGGACGGGAAGAUUAAAGUCGCUGGUGGCGGGACCGGAUCGGAAAAGAGCAGCGCGCGUGCAGUAAGGAGAGAGAGAGAGAGAGGACGCCGAUUCGGUCUUGAGAGAGAGGGGGGUGAGUGCUCUCAAGGCAGAAAAAUUCGAUGAUGACCAUGACUACGAUGGCUGACGGUCUGGAGGCGCAGGACUCGUCCAAGUCUGCUUUCAUGGAGUUUGGCCAGCAGUCCCACUCGCAGCAGAGCUCGCCGUCCAUGGCUGGCGCCCACUACCCGCUCCACUGUCUCCACUCGGGAACGCACCACCACCAGCACGACAACACCGCCGCCUACCCGGCCGGCAACACCUACAACAGGUCCCUAGCGUACCCUUACGUGAGCCAUCCGCACCACAGCCCCUACCUGUCUACCUACCACAACAACACGGGGGGGCAGACGCGAUUAGACGGCGCAGAGCAGCAGAAAACGACAGUGAUUGAAAACGGGGAGAUUCGUUUUAACGGCAAAGGCAAGAAGAUCCGCAAGCCCAGGACCAUUUAUUCCAGUUUGCAGCUGCAGGCGCUCAAUCACCGUUUCCAGCAAACCCAGUACCUCGCCUUACCUGAGCGGGCCGAGCUGGCCGCCUCUUUAGGAUUGACACAAACGCAGGUAAAGAUUUGGUUCCAGAACAAGAGGUCCAAGUUCAAGAAGCUGCUCAAGCAAGGCGGCAACCCGCACGAAAGUGACCCCAUGCCGGGUUCCAUGACCCUCUACCCGCGCUCCCCGUCCAUCCCGCCCAUAUGGGACGUCUCGGCCUCAUCCAAAGGAGUAAACAUGGCGGCCAACAGCUACAUGCCGGGCUACUCUCACUGGUAUUCAUCGCCGCACCAGGACUCCAUGCAGAGAUAGACGAUGGAGGCCUCCGGAUGCGGCCUGGAAUUUAGGACCGAGGAUACGGAGGGACCGGCGUUUUUAAGAAAAAAAAAAAGAAGAAAAAAAAAAAAAAAGCAUAUAUGACUGUACUGCUGUCAUCCGUCACCAAAUAUUGUCAGUGACAUUUGAGCCGAUUUGGGAAAAGACUGACUGACCCCCAUGUGGACUUGUGCACUGCAAGUUUUUGGUUUAUUUGUUUGUUGUUGCAAUCGUGUGUCUGUAAAUAGAAUCAACCACUUCACUUGUACAUACACUUUUUAUGUCCUGUCAGAUUGAGUAAACGGUGACUCAAAACAU